GUUCCGUCGCAUGACAUUAAAAGACUUUAACUUAACAACUAAGCAGCCUCUCUGCCAAUUCGCACGAAGGAAACCGUUUCCUCCAUCCACCGUAGCACAUAAUACAGUAAGAUGCAUGUUUAUUCAGACUCAAGACACUCCAAAUCCAAAUAGUUUGAAGUUUAUUCCAGGAAGACAAGUACUGGAGUCGAGAACCAUGGAUUUCUCCACACCAGCUGCAGCAUUUUGCUCACCUUUAGCGAGGCAGUUGUUCAGGAUUGAAGGAGUUAAAAGUGUCUUCUUUGGGCCAGACUUCAUCACAGUCACAAAGGUGAGCGAAGAUUGGGAUUGGAAUUUACUAAAACCAGAUAUUUAUGCAACCAUAAUGGAUUUCUUUGCCUCUGGUUUACCUGUAAUUACUGAAGAGGCACCUCGUACAGAUACAGCUGCAUCAGAAGAUGACGAUGAAGUUGUAUUAAUGAUUAAGGAACUUCUGGAUACCAGAAUAAGGCCAACAGUUCAGGAAGAUGGGGGUGAUGUCAUAUAUAAAGGCUUUGAAGAUGGGAUUGUACAGUUAAAGUUGCAGGGUUCAUGCACUAGCUGUCCCAGUUCUAUCAUAACACUGAAGAAUGGGAUACAGAACAUGCUGCAGUUCUAUAUUCCAGAAGUAGAAGGCGUGGAACAGGUUGUUGAUGAUGAAGAUGGAGUGGAGAAAGAAGCAAACUCUACCUGAGCUAACAGCAUGUGUGAGACUAUAAAUAGCAAAGUUUUCCUGAGGGUGUGUAUAACUUAACCAUGUCCCGAGGAACAACAAAAACUGCAUUCUUUACUUUAUAAAAAUAGUUAAAUUUUCAUCUUUUAAAAUGACCCCCCAUGUUUAAAGAUAAUACACUGCCUUUUCUAGGGACUUACUAUAUGGUCUGCUUUCAAAAGAGAACUUGUUCCUUCUCCUGUAGACUUCAUAACUGUUACGCAUGGUUAAGAAACAAAUGAAAAAGGCAUUUUUAAACAGUGAUUUGUCGGUCUAUUUCUAUUUCACACACAAAGGCUUGAGAAUAAAAGUGGGAAGUGAAAAAAGUAAGUGAAAUUGUUUAGAAUAAAUUCUAAAGAAAGUUGUGCAUUUUAUAUAAUAUCUGUAUCAAAUGUUCUCCCUGUUCUGCCUUAUGGGCUUUUGAAAUGACUUGCAAUCAUAUUCUGAAGCUCUGAGAUCUAGAGUUUAUUUUUAUGAAGUAAAUUAUUUUUGUUCUUGAUUACUGUGUAUGAGUUUUGACUAAAAGUUAACCUGGUCACUUCAAAUGUUUGUUGUUGAUUAUACCCAGUUGUUAAAUAUAAUAAUAUUCACUAGUUUUGUGAUUAUUAUUUCCUUCCUUCCAACCAUUGGAUAGAUAAUAGCAACAAAAUCAAAUACAAUUAGUUACAGAUGUGAAUUAACUCUCCAAGAAAAUAAUACCAUUUUUAAAGAAGAGUUCAUUAGAUGAUCUUUAUCAGCCAUGAUAGUUGGAGACCCUUAUGCACUUUUUUAUAACUAAAGAUUAUCCAGCAUAUAUUAUUAAUCUGUUUAAAUUUGCAAUAGGUCCUUCCUUAACAUACUAUUUCUGGGUGAGGAAAAACGUGGCGGGAGAGAACACAUCAGUUUUACAAGCAUUUAGAAACUAUGGGAAGAGGAAAAGUUGACUUUUUGAAACUGAAACAUGUCACUCGUGCAUUUCAAGAGCAAAACAUCUAUUUCGUGGGUAUGUAGAGGCAUAACCUGUUUCCAGUGCCCAGCCUGAGUAGAUGACUUGGGUAUUAGAGAUUCUGCUUUCCAAAUGAGUUGCUAUAUGGCCACGACUUGGACUCGUGGCUGAAAGAGUUCCCACAGUUUUUGUGCUCCCACCCCCACAUGCAGGAGUUGAUUGCCUGCUGCACAUGCCCCAUCUCCCUUCAAGAGCCACAGCCAUGCAGGAAGAUUCCACAGCACUAGACUCCAAGGUGAUGAGCAGUACAUAACCCCUGAAAUUCUGCCUGCCUGCCUCCCUCCCACCCCAUGCACAAUGGAACCAGAGCAGAUCUGUUGCAAGUAGAGCCUUUCAUAUCAAUAGGCUGGGUUUGGGGUAACACAGUGGACAUCACUGAAUAAGCAAAACAGCCUUAGAAAUCCCUGCUCAGAGCAGUCUUGAGUGAUCAUUUUUGAGGAGCUGGGAUUCCUUUAGAAAAUUCAAGAUCUGGUUUACUCUUCCAGAUUUUUCAGUAAUUAUAAGCACACACCUACUUACAGCCUAAUCACAACUGAGGAUCAAGUAGGGCAAUGUAAGUACACGGUGUGAGGUAGUAAGGACCACUCUCUCGGUUGGUUUAACUCCACCAGUUUCCCAGAUCUCAUGAAUUAAACCAGCAGAGAAUUGUGCCCACAGGGCACAAAGCAGCAUGUGGUAACAAUGGACUUUAUGCUCUCUGUAUUCAGUUUAAGGAUACAUAUUUAUUUUAACAAAACAGCUGUUGGAACUCUGAUUUGGAGUCAUAAUGCAGUGACUUAUAAAUAAUAACCAGGAUUUGGAGUUUGGAACUCCCGUAUGUUUUUGUCCCCCUCCCUCUUACAAAUAAACAAUGUCUAAUCUU